AUGAAAAUAAUAUUUUUACUCUAUUAUUCAAUCGUUCAAACAACGAUUACUUAUAGUAAAAAUCCAUAUUUGGGCUGUUUUAUUGAUCAAAUCGGUGAUCGUGAUCUGAAUAUAUUCAUUAGUGACUAUGAACAAUUAACUCCGCAACAAUGUAUUGCUGCGUGUCGAGAACAAAAUAUUCUCUAUGCUGGGAUACAGUAUGGUAAUGAAUGUCGAUGUGGUCAACACUAUGGAAAAUAUGGUCAAGUAUCCGAUGAUGAAUGUAUUUACAAUUGUUCGACAUCAGAAAAAUGUGGUGGUGAUAAUCGAAAUAGUAUUUACAAUGUAUUUAAAUCAAUUGAUACAUCCAAAACAGAUUCAAGUUGUCAAAAUCAUUUAAUUGGUUAUAAAGGAUGUUUUGAUAGUAUAGCAUUGAAGAAAGGCGUGGGUGUUGUACAUUCACUGAAAGAAUGUAUUCAACGUUGUGCUAUAAAAUAUGAUUAUGCAGGGAUUAUGAAUGGUUAUUUAUGUUAUUGUGGCAAUCAUUUAACUCGACUACCAUCAAAAUCAAAUUUAUGCAAUAUUCCAUGUCAUAAAAGUCCAACUGAUUGUUGUGGUGGUCUCUAUGUACUUAGCGUUUAUAAUAUAGAAAGUUAUCAAUCAUCAUCAAUAAACGAUCUAUCUGAGAAAUUAAUUCGAGUAAAAAGGGCUGACGCGAAUAGUGAAACUACCUACUCAUCUGCACAAACUACUGAGGCAAAUUCAAUGUCUAGUGAAUCAGUGACAGCAUCAUCUUUAGUGAACUCUCCAACAACAAACAAUCCAAGUACAACGAAUAGUAGAAAUGAUCUAUCGUCAAUGAUGUCCAGUGUGACAUCAACUAAUAGUUUAAGAUUGGCAGGUACUUCGGCAUCUGUAGUACUCAGCACAAUUGUUAGUAGCACUGAUACUGCUUCAUUGUCGCUCACCUUGACAACACAACCAAUCAGUGGUUCAACAAUAUCAACUGCUACUGGAUCAUCAACGUAUUCUAGUCAAAGCACGAUGAUGACUGCAACACAACAAAAUAGUCCGAACACUUCACUUUCAUUCACUAAUUCACUCACGAGUAGUUCUACGAAUGUAGGAAUACAAACGACGGUUAAUUCUUCAUUGUCUCCAGACGUAGCUACUCAAAUAACAAGUUCUACAACAUCGACUACAACGACUGUUUCAACUGCAGCAACCACAACCGUGUCUGCAUUAUAUACUAUUUCUACAAUUAUUAUCGUUCCACUUUCACAAAACUUCACACCAACUGAUAACAACACACGAGAAUCAGUUCGUCAAGGAUUAGUUCGAGUGAUAAAUCUUGCUUUCACUUGUAUAGCUAAUCCAUCCCAUACUAAUUGCACACAAACUAGCCAACGCCGUAAACGGGAUGUAUGUUCAAGUGGUUAUAAUGUUAAUUUACUUUCUAGAAUCACUGAUGUUUCUACUAGUAGCGCAUCAAGAAACUAUCAAGUAGAUUAUUCUGUCGUUAGUUUAUGCAGUGGCGGAGGAUUAGUUUCACCAAUUCAAGUGAAAACAGCUAUGGAUGUAUUGUCAUCUGCACAAAUCAUUACCACACUCGGUUAUAAUUAUGAGGGAGAAUUGAUAAGAAGCACAGCUAUUGGUAAUACACAAACUGCAGUAGCUGAUCCUAAAUUGUGGAUUAUUGGAGCUGUUCUUGGACCAGUUGGUUUUGUACUUCUAUUGAUUUUCGUAUUUUGUUAUCUUCACUAUAAAUGUCGACCUCGGCCGGCCAAUCGACAGUUAAAUAAAAACGUUUCCAAAGCACCACCAGCAUCAGUUCGGCCAACAAAUUAUAAAACUAUGACCAAUGAACCGACACAAGAACAAUCAACAUCUGAAAAGAGUAUACAUGCGUUGACUAAUAUUAAUCCAUUAGUUGGCACUGCUGCAAGCCCUCGACGGUUAACACCUACUGAAUCCGAGAAAAGUUCACAUUAUACACCUCGUUAUCCAGUUUCAGUUGAAAUGCCAAUGGAUGAAAUACGCCGUCAAAAUGAUGUCGAACGUUGGAGAAAUAAACUUCGUUUACAAGACAAAUUUCAACCAUCGUCUUCUAUCAAACUGCCUGAUUCAUCUGUACCAACUAUAAAAGAAACGAAUCGUUCCGGUUCAUCACAAUAUGAUAAUCAAGCUUUUCAAAAUGAUAUUCCAAUAAUUAAUAUUCAACCAGCUGAAGAAAUAAUUUCAAACAAUUCACCUCGUCGUUUAUCAUCAGAAGUUGAUAUCGAAGUUGGACGUACAAAACUGCAUCGUCUACUGGAUGAAGUUCUCGAUAAAGCUGACAGUGAAGAAAGUUACAAUCCUGAUUCUGAAGGUGAACGCCAAAAACGUCGCCGCCAACGACGUCGUAUUCACUCCAUAUCCGAUGAUCGUAAACCUUUACCUAUCGACAAUAAACAUCAGCAAAUACCUCAUGUACCUAUUAUUCCUCAAGUAUCUGAACGUCCUGAUCGAUCGAUUAUUCGUCUUCAUUACAAUCCAUAUGAAGCAGGUGAUCGUGCUCAUGAUCUAGCAAAUUUACCGCCGGUCGAAUUCAAACGAAAAUAUUCCAUCGAUGAACCACAAAAUAAUCAACAGACUUCACGUUCAAAUCCUCCAUUAUUUUUUGAUGAUUUCACGAUAGCCGAUCGUGCAAUGACAGCAACCGACGCAUAUGCGAGUUCGAAACGAGUAGCUAAAAGUCGUGUUGAAACUGAUCGUCAAGCCGCCAUGCGCCAUAGUGGUGGUCGAAUGGAUCAACGGCAACAUCAACUUAAUGACGAACAGGAGGAAGAUCCAGUGGGAAUGAAUGACUAUCGAAAUGAAUUUAGAACAGCAAAGAAAAGCGUUGUCAAUACGAAACAUAUUAUAUCAUCGAUACAUGAUGAACUACAACAUAUGACUAUACCAUCAUCGAAAGAUUAUCACACAUAG